AUGCCGCAGCUGCUAGACAACAUCAGGGCCAUGUACACUAACAGUCCGCACGGCAAAUUUAUAAAUCUCUUUCUCUUUCUCUCUCUUUCUCUUUCUCUCUCUCUCUCUUUCUUUCUUUCUUUCUUUCUUUCUCUCUCUGUCUCAGUGACAUCGACUCUCUCCCUUUCUGUCUCUCUAUCUGUCUGUCUCUUUCUGUCUUUCUCUCUCUCUCUCUCUCUCUCUUUCUUUCUAUCUGACUCCUCUCUGCCUCUCUCUUUCUCUUUCUGUCUCUGUCUCACUGUCACCCUCUAUCUCUCUCUCUUCCUGCCUGUCUAUCCGUCUCUUUCUCUUUUUCUCUUUCUCUCUAUCUUACUGUUGCUGUCUCUCUCUCUCUCUCUCUCUCUCUCUCUCUUUCUGUCUGACUCUUUCUCUUCCCCCCCUCUCUCUCUCUCUCUCUUGCAGUCUCAGUUACUAUCUCUCCCUGUCUCCGCCUUUCGGUAUGUAUCUUUCUCUCUUUCUCUCUCUCUCUCUCACUGUCACUCUCUCUCUCUCUCUCUCUCUCUCUCUCUCUCUCUCUCUCUGCAUCUCUGUUACUUUCUGCAUUUCUUUCUAUCUCUAUCUGUUUCACUGUCACUGACUCUGUCUCACUGUAUCUUUCUCCCUUUCUCUGUCUCACUGUCUCUCUCUGUCUCUUUCUCUUAUUUUUUUCUCUCUCUCUCUCUCUCUCUAUCUAUCUAUCUCUUCCUCGCAAACGGAAUGAAAUGUGUUCGGCAAACCAGUGAACCUUACACUGGUGGAUGUGGGACCAAAAGCCCUUCAUCAAGCGGAAUAGUAACCCUCAUCAUCUCCUACCCCUUCUCUCUCUCUCUCUCUCUCUCUCUUCUCUCUAUCUAUCUAUCUAUCUAUCUAUCUAUCUAUGCCCCCUAA